AUGGAUUCUUUUUUAGCAUUCGUACAUCAUUUAUUAGAACCUAUACCUCAAUAUGUCCUAGGCUGUUUACCAGCAUUAGCAACCAUAGGAGCAGCACCUAUGGAAAAUUUUUUACAUAAGCUAAUCUGGGUAGCAAUAUGUCUUGGUUGUCCCUUCACGGGACUAUUUUAUACGUGCAUCAUACCCAACGACGAACUACCCAUAUUCUGGCUCCCAAAAAUCUGGCAUCAUUCCGCAUCUAUGCUAAGAUUAGAAGAAGAAUGUACAGCAAACGCUUCCGUGUUAGAACGAUUGUCGUCGCUAGCAUCGUUAUAUUACAUUUCAAUCGGUAUCAUCGCCGGGAUAUCAAGAGCGUUAGGCCCGAGUUUUUGUGAGGAUUGGCCAUAUAUACCAAUGGCAUUGUCCUGGACAUUACCUGCUAUUUUUAGAAGAAUAGUUCAUGGGAAACUACUAGUUAGAGAUCCCAGGAAAAAAUUAGGAAACAGAAGAAAAAUAUUUGUGAGGAAAUUCGAACACGAAGAAUAUAAAGUAUUCAUACACACCCAAGUCGUUAUCACAGCUUUAGCAUCAACAACAGUUCCAUGGUUAACAGUGCUCCUGGCCUACUAUACACCGCCAAUUGGAUAUUUUUGUCGAAGCAUAUAUCUUACAGUAAUUUGUUCCAUAUGGUCAUUCAACAAUAUUGUUGGAUACAUACACCACUGGUUAGAAGAAAAAAAUAAGAUAGCUGAUCAAAUAAUUGCUGUUUGGUUUUUUAUCUGUGGAGUUAUGAUUGCAAUUUUAUUGUUUUUUCUAGUAUUGCUAAGUAAACAACCUUCAUGGUGGGUAAAUCUGUUUGGCAAUGCAUGUGCUUCAUGUAAUUCUAUGUAA